UUUACGCCUCUCUCCCUUUCUCUAUAAAUUGUUAUGUCAAAUUUAAAUACUAACCUACUCAGAAGGAAUUAAGAAAGAGAAUUCGAACAUAUGGCUAAGUCUCAAUUUCAGUAUGCUGCUUUUCUUGCUCUCUUCGUUUUCUUCCUCAUUGUAUCAACUGAUAUGCAAGUAGCAGAAUCAAGGAAUUCAAGAUCAAAUAUUGGUUGUGAAAAGUCGAGCGUGACAUGGUCGGGGCCUUGCUUUGACACAGAUGGAUGUAACAACCAAUGCAUUAAUUGGGAGCAUGCUAUUCAUGGAGCUUGUCACAUGGAUUGGCUUGGUCCCGCCUGCUACUGCUACUUCUGCUGAUCAAGGAUUAUCAUAUUUUCGUUAUUGUGGUUGAUGCUAUGUAUUGAAAAAUAAAAGAUAUGCAGUUUGUUAUAUUGUUGAAGAUGAGACAUGAGUAUAUCAUUCUACAAAUAUACAAAUUAUUAGUGCACUGGAUUGCCUUUUUUUUUUUUUAAUGAUUUGCUACUAAUAAUAUCAAAACUUGUAUCUUGUCAUUUGUAAUGACUCGCAAGGUCGUUUUGUGUUGUAGACUCUUUCUUCCAAGUUUUGCCAUUUUCAUAGCUUUCUAUGUUAUUUAUGGCUUGUCGGAAUGGGUGACACGAUUCAUGAUGUUAUAAAAUGUGUUUUGAAGAAGAAAUUCUACGUCUGGAUGUUUGUAAUAUAAAUGUGAAGUUUGAUCUAAGUCAAUAUUUUGAGUAAAAGUUCAAA